GAAGAUGACCGAAAUCGAUAAUUACCUAGCUCACGGCCAAAGAGAUUCCAGAGAACUUGAGUAAUCUGGCGAUAAAAUAGUUAACAGAAUCCCCCGCAAACUGGAAUUAGUUAAAAUCCGUAACAUUAAAAAUGAAUCAAAUCUUGAAUAGUGUCGAGCCACCAGAAAAUUCGAAUUUGUCGAUCUAGCUGCGCCCUCGACCCGUUUCAUCGAUUCCACCAGCGAAUCGACGAAACAACUUGUUUUGACGUUCCCCCGCCACAACAAAUAUGCGGCGGCAAAAAAGUGUGUUCAAAUCAGAGAUUUCCGAAUCGCACUUAAAGAUCAGUUAGCUAGUGGCUGAUAAUCCUCUCUUUUUCGCACCCAACCGCAUUUUGCAUACGCGCCUACCCCCCACGUGACGUGACGGAAUGUCAAGAGAUAUUCUAUCCGCGUGCUGCUGGCCGAUGGCCGGCUACCCCUGCACCAACCCAGUCGAGAAACCGCGCAUCACACUGGUGCAGGAGCGAACUGAUACGGAUGGAAGUUUCCUGAUUGCGACGCUGCUGACCAACUAUUUAAAACUAUCACCCCGCAACCAUGUGGUCCUGUUUGCUACCCAUCAAAACGCAUCCCAUUACACCAGCGCCUGCCAGAAGCUAACCUUCAACACGUCUGCCGCCAUCGAGUCGGGUCAGCUGUGCAUCGUCGAUGUGCUGGCCCAGCUGUACGGCGACGCCUGUAACGCCUGCGACGGCGGCAACACUCCGGCAGCCGAUGGCAACAAGCUACUGCAAUCAAUCAUCGAGCGGUUGCGGGUGCUAUCGCCAACACAGGACACCCUGGUCAUAGUGGACGAUCUUGGGUUCUUCACAAAUCUGCACCCUACCAGUGAGGACGAGGUGAUCGAUUUCGCCGAAGAGCUACUGUGCACCACAUUCCAAGCGGUCCAACACAUCGUAAUCAAGGUCAACAUAUCGGAGUGCUAUCGGCGGCUGUGUGCCUACGUUUGCGAUCUGGCCCAGGUUAACAUCACCCUCGAGCCGCUACCAUCGGGUAACUUCCGGGAAGUGGAUGGUCGCUUGACUGUCGACCGGCUAGCGCCAGGGACAGACAGUGACCUGAUGGUGCUGCGCGAGCAUCAUAGAACGCUGCUGUACAAAGUGUGCGACCGUCAAAUCCGCACCUUUCUUUCGGGAGAACUUGGAAUAAAAAAUCUAUAAAAAUAAACGACCACGAGGCCAGAGGGUGGAGGUCCCCAGCCAGC